AUGAAAUUCUCUUCCCUCCUCUUUACCGCCUCGCUGGUCGCGGCCAUGCCUGCUUCCGUCGAGCCUCGUCAGGCCCAGGACAGCAUCAACAAGCUGAUCAAGGCCAAGGGCAAGACCUACUACGGCACCAUCACCGACCCCAACCUUCUCCAGAGCCAGCAGAACAACGCCAUCAUCAAGGCUGAUUUCGGUCAAGUCACCCCCGAGAACUCGAUGAAGUGGGAUGCCACCGAGCCUCAGCAGGGCAAGUUCAACUUUGCUGGUGGUGACCAAGUUGUCAACUUCGCCGCCCAGAACGGCCUCAAGGUUCGAGGUCACGCUCUUGUCUGGCACUCUCAGCUUCCUCAGUGGGUCCACAACAUCAAGGACAAGAACCAGAUGAAGAGCGUCAUUGAGAACCACAUCAAGAACGUUGCUGGUCACUACAAGGGCAAGAUCUACGCCUGGGAUGUCCUCAACGAGAUCUUCGACUGGGAUGGUUCUCUCCGCAAGGACUCCCCCUUCACUCAGGUUCUGGGUGAGGAGUUCGUCGGCAUUGCCUUCCGCGCUGCCCGCGCUGCUGACCCUAACGCCAAGCUGUACAUCAACGACUACAGCAUUGACGACCCCAACGCCGCCAAGCUCAAGGCCGGUAUGGUCGCUCACGUUAAGAAGUGGGUCUCCCAGGGCAUCCCCAUCGACGGAAUUGGUUCUCAGACCCAUCUUGACCCUGGUGCCGCCAAUGGUGUCCAGGCUGCUCUCCAGCAGAUGGCUUCCACUGGUGUCAAGGAGGUUGCCAUCACUGAGCUCGAUAUCCGCUCUGCUCCCGCUGCCGAUUACGCUACCGUUACUAAGGCUUGUCUCAAUGUUCCUAAGUGUGUCGGUAUCACUGUCUGGGGUGUCUCUGACAAGGACUCUUGGCGCAAGGAGAAGGACAGUCUCCUCUUCAACGCUCAAUACCAGCCCAAGCCUGCCUACACCGCUGUUGUCAACGCUCUCCGUUAA